UGGUUGUUAUAGUGAUAAACUGAGGCCUUGCCUUUGGCUUCUACGGAAAAGAAAGGGGGUGGGGGGAAACCCCUUUACUACCCCCAGGGAAGACAAAAAGAAGGGAAGAAGAAGGGGGAUGGGUAGACAAGACAAAAAUACGUGACAAAGAAAACAUUCUGUCUGCGAGGAGACUCACAGAGUGUAGAGCUGGAGGGAGCGUUUGCUGGCCAUGCCAGUACUCACCACUGAUGCUGAGUCAGAAACAGGUAUCCCAAAAUCCCUUUCCAAUGAGCCUCCCUCAGAAACCAUGGAGGAAAUAGAGCACACUUGCCCACAGCCUCGACUGACCCUGACUGCACCUGCCCCAUUUGCAGAUGAAACCAGCUGCCAGUGCCAAGCUCCCCACGAAAAGCUGACCAUUGCUCAGGCCCGCUUAGGAACACCAGUUGACAGGCCUGUAAGGGUGUAUGCAGAUGGAAUAUUUGACCUCUUCCACUCAGGUCAUGCAAGGGCACUUAUGCAAGCAAAAACACUGUUCCCCAACAGCUACUUGUUGGUAGGAGUUUGUAGUGAUGACCUCACCCACAAAUUCAAAGGUUUCACUGUGAUGAACGAAGCAGAAAGAUACGAAGCUCUCAGACACUGUCGCUAUGUGGAUGAAGUCAUCAGAGAUGCUCCAUGGACGCUCACACCUGAGUUUCUUGAAAAACACAAGAUUGACUUUGUGGCCCAUGAUGACAUUCCAUAUUCCUCUGCUGGCUCUGAUGAUGUUUACAAGCAUAUAAAAGAAGCAGGAAUGUUUGUUCCAACGCAGAGAACAGAAGGCAUCUCCACAUCAGACAUUAUCACCAGAAUUGUCCGUGAUUACGAUGUCUAUGCUCGGCGCAAUCUCCAGAGAGGGUACACGGCCAAGGAGCUGAAUGUCAGUUUUAUAAAUGAGAAGAAAUACCGUUUCCAGAACCAGGUAGAUAAGAUGAAGGAAAAGGUCAAAAACGUGGAGGAAAGAUCAAAGGAAUUUGUUAAUAGAGUGGAAGAAAAGAGUCAUGAUCUAAUUCAAAAGUGGGAAGAAAAAUCAAGGGAAUUCAUUGGCAACUUCCUGGAACUGUUUGGACCGGAUGGAGCAUGGAAGCAGAUGUUCCAGGAGAGGAGUAGCCGGAUGCUGCAGGCCUUAUCCCCGAAGCAGAGCCCUAUGAGCAGCCCAACCAGGAGCCGUUCCCCUUCCCGCUCUCCGUCACCCACUUUCCCAUGGCUCCCGAACAAAACUUCACCCCCCUCCUCACCCAAAGCAGCCUCAGCCUCCAUCAGCAGCAUGAGCGAGGGGGACGAGGAUGAGAAGUAAAGGCUGCUGGUGGAUGACAAGAGCCACACCACACAGGGUGGGGAGGAGGGUGAGGUUAUGCGGGAUGCCUGAGUGGUGUUGGGAAGGUUAUCGUCACAGAAGCUGCAGCUUGGCAGGGAGACCCUGACCUCUCUGGUAAGGCAAGGUCUUGGGACCUGUUCUCCCUCAGUCUCCACACAACCCAAGACUUGGGCUCAGCAUAGAGUUGCAGCUGGACAGCUACACAAACCUUAGCAUCAUCUAGAAUCACUCUACUUUAACCUUAUUAAGAAAAGAAGCAGACUGCCAUAGAGAGACAUUCACUGAAUAGGGUGUUCUCUGCUUUGGUCUUUAUAUCCAUCCACACCAAGCAGACCAGCAGUGGAAGCGGCUGUUCCCUCAAUCUGCUACUUCAGGCUACAUAAGGGCCCUGCACGUUGCCUCCCACCACCCCAGCUGCCAGAAUAAAGUUGUUUCUAUUA